CUGCAGGUAAGACGUUUGGGCGGUGUCAUUUGUAGCACGGAAAGGAGGAGUCCGUGGCGGUUGCUCGAGUUUCAGUUGCUCUUCUUGGAGCUACUAUCAUAUGCCUGUCGCUGCUAAUUACUAAAUGAAACGCGAAGCGAGGCGGGUGCUGCUUUGGCUUGGCAGCGAAAGGGAGGUCGAAGAAGAAGAGAAGCCCCGGGCGCUGCUCUCCUCGCCGCCGCCUUCUCCGACUUUAACGAUGAGUUCGGACCAGAAGCGGCCGCCGCCGCCGCGGUAUUCUUCCCGCAAUAGCCGAGCGCCUCGUCCACAGCACCGUAAGGGACGCCUGACUGACAUUCAGACGCCCCUUCUCACCGAGCCCUUCGAGGCCCGCUAUACCCUCAGCACCGGCCGUGAACUCGGCAGGGGGAAAUUUGCAGUAGUAAAGAAAUGUGUAAACAAACAGACUGAAAAAGAGUUUGCAGCAAAAUUCAUGAGGAAAAGAAGAAAAGGCCAAGAUUGUCGAAUGGACAUAAUUCAUGAGAUUGCAGUCCUGGAACUAGCACAAUGCAAUCAAUGGGUUAUUAAUUUGCAUGAAGCAUAUGAGACGCCAACAGAAAUUAUUUUGGUUUUGGAAUAUGCUGCUGGUGGAGAAAUCUUUGAUCAGUGUGUAGCUGAAAGAGAAGAUGCCUUCAAAGAAAAAGAUGUUAAGCAUCUCAUGAGGCAGAUUUUACAAGGAGUUUCUUUUUUACAUCAAAACAAUGUAGUUCAUCUUGACUUGAAGCCGCAAAACAUUUUGUUAACUUGUGAAUCGCCAUUGGGACAAAUUCGGAUAGUUGACUUUGGACUUUCCAGAGUAAUGAAAGAUAAUGAAGAACUAAGAGAAAUUAUGGGAACACCUGAAUAUGUUGCUCCAGAAAUUCUAAGCUAUGAUCCACUCAGUACUGCAACAGAUAUGUGGAGCAUUGGAGUAUUAACAUAUGUCAUGCUAACAGGAGUAUCACCUUUUUUGGGGAAUGAUAAACAAGAAACAUUCUUAAAUAUAUCUCAGAUAAAUGUAAAGUACUCUGAAGAUUUUGAUUUUGUAUCUGAAUCUGCGGUAGAUUUCAUCAAAUCUCUUUUGAUUAAAAAAUCUGAGAAACGGGCAACUGCAGAAGAAUGUUUGCUGCAUUCUUGGCUGGCUCAAACUGAUAUUCCUGAUAAAAUAAGCUGUAUUAAAAACACAGAAGAUGAAACAGAUGCUGUUACUGUAAAUGAAGUCUCUACAUCUGAAAAUUCUACAAGUGGAGAAAAAACAGAAGAACCAAUAGUAAAAGAAGAACUUCUUUUAAUGGCUUCCUAUACACUGGGUCAAUGCAGGCGAUCAAAAAAAGAUAAAAUUGUUACACACAAAACUAUUUCAAAACUAUUUAAAUUUAAGGAACCAUUUCUCCAUGAAAUACCUGGAGUUUACUGAAUACUUUGAGUUUCUGCUUUGAGCCCUAACUUGUAAAAUUGGCUCUUUUUUCUUAAAUCAGUUAUGUACAGCUAAAUAAUAUUCACCUUAAUUUUCUAUGGAAUUGAUAUUAUUGAUAUUAUUGGAAAUACUUAAUACAGAGAAAAGCUGAAAACAUUAGUUUAUUCUAAAGUAUCCAAUACAUGCAAAGCAUUGUUUUAUAUAUUCUGUAUAAUUAUUUAUUCAUGGAAGAUAUUUGAAUUGCCUGAAUAAAACUGAUAUAUUUUUUUCUUCAAGUGCAUAAAAUAACAACAGUUAAAAUUUGAAUACUAGUAUAUAAGCUCGUUCAGUUUCCAGAUUUCAUAAUUUAAUAUUAUUUCUGAUAAAUGCCUCUACCUAUAAUCCUAAAUUUAAUUUUAAUGUUUGCCAUUGGGAAAGGGAGGAAGUUCUUUUGAAAUAUGUAUAUAGUUUUGGUAUUUAGGUCUUUGGUUAUUGGUAUUUAGGUUUUGGUAUUUAAUCUAUAUAAUUAUCAUUUGGUGACCAAUAGUCCUGUUCUAUAGUUAUUACAAAAAAAAAAAAUACAAUGUACUUUUAGUUUCUAGUAAAUUUAAAUAGACUUGUACUUAAAUUGGCCAGUGGGCUUUUACUGGUCCUAUUUAAACUAUUUGUCACUAAGUAAGAAAUAAUUUUUUUAUUGUGAAAAAAGGGGUGAAAAUGUAAUUGUAAAACUUUUGCAAUAAAAAAAAGAAAAGAAAAAAAAAUGAAAAAAAAAAAGAAAUAAUUUUUUUAGCUUUAUUCCUAAAUUUAUUUUACUUCUACACUCCUAGUUUAUCAAGAUGUUUCAUCUUCCUUAAAAAAAAAAAAUCCUGAUCACAGGAAUAGGUAUAGGCUGUUGUUACUUCACAGAUUAUUUUUUUCUAUGUAGUUAUAAAGAGAUAGAUGUGCUAUAACAAAGAAUGAAAGACCCCAAAACCCCAAUUAUAUGCAGAAUAUACAUCAUGCAGUUUAUCUAUCAUGAUUUGAUUACUUCUUAAAAUUUGUAUUCUACAUUCUUCAUGAAAAGUGCUUUAUUUCUAAUAGAUUUAGUAAGUUUGGGGAAUAAUAUUAAACAUUUAUUUCAGAACCAUGUUUAGAUUAUAUGAUUCAAACUAUAUAAUUUGAUUAAGUUUCUGUAAAAAUUCAACAUUAGUGCACUAGAAAAUUUGAAGAAAUGUUCAAUAUGAAGAUAGUUUAUUAAUUUAUAUUAAGUGUAAAUGCAAGUUUCUGACUUCAUACUUUAUAAGAAAUUGUGAGGAUCUAGCAGUGCUUCUUCGAGGGAAACAUUGAUUUUGUGCUUAUUAUUAAUUAAUGCAAGAUUUGUGUUUGUGUAUAUCCAUAUUUCAAUUCAAGUGCAUCCUUAAUAUGUAUUUUUUUGUUAGCUCGUAGUUGUAAAUCCGAAAAGAACUAAAGGCUUUUACAAUUAUGAGUUAACAUAAUGAAACCAUGAGUAGUUGAAUAAAGAGGAUGUCUGUUAUUUUCAGUUGCAUAUUAAAUUGAACACUAUGUCAACCAUAGUAAGAUCAUUACACAAGUAUUGUGAAUUAUGUUAUUUGUAUUAUUUUUGUUACUGUGUGAUUAUAGAAUGAUGAAAAUUUACCUAUGACUGCAGUGGAGCCUGCCCAUUAUGAUUGCAUGUUGCAAGACAGCCUCACUAUACAGCCCCUUUCCCUUCUCUCCCUGAAGCGCUCAUUAAAAAAUCUAAUCAUUUCUUCAGUUCCUAGUUAGAAAUAUAGAUAAGGACUUGCACUCUGGAUACUUUGGUCAUAAAUGCAGCAUAGUCAACGGAAAAAAAACUUUUAGAAUACAGGAGUACCUUUAUAAACAGUUAUGAACAGUAAAUAAGUACUAUGUCUUUAAAUAGCUAAGCAAUUUUACAAAAUCGUGAUAGGUGUGCUAUGAUUAUAUAUAUAAAUCUUUAAUGCCUUUAAAUUAUAGCUCGAUCAAUGGUUCUUCCAUUGAUCAAUACAAAAAUUAUUUCUUUAAUGUGGUAAACUGGUUUUUCUGGUUCUUUAAUGAUCUUUAGAAAUUUGGAUAUCAUAAUUUUUCUUCAAUGAGGAAUAUUCAUAAUGUUUUAAGGAAAUGUUCAAUUCUGAAGUUGUUUCCUGCUUUCCAGUUAAGAGAAAAUUGUCAUCCUAUCCCAAAGAGUUUCUAUUAAAUAAUACUAAAGUCUUAAUUGCUUCAUAACUUUUGCUGUGCCUUAGUUGAAAAAGUAUCUCCAUCACUAAUAAUAGCAGCUUUGUUUUACUAGUAUAGUCCUGAAAGCUAAGCGUAUACUUUCAUAAGAGGCAACUUUUUGAUAGUUCAACUCUAAACCAUCUAUUACAUAUUAAAUUUCACAAAAUCAAUGAGACUAUGCCAAGCUCCUAAUUGACUUUGCAGUUGUGCCAUUUGUUUCAUAAAAUUCAUUGCUAUAACAUGGAGUAGUUCUUUCCUCUAGUGCGUAAAUUUUGUGUUUGAAAAUUUUGUUCUCUGAGUCAUCAAUAUGUAAUUGAAAUUCACUUAAAUUCACAAGGAAUCAUCUUAUUGACUUAAAAGUUUAAAUUCCACUUCCUUUUUCUUCAGCAAAGCUUACUAAGCAGUACUCAAUUAUAAAAAGCACUAUCUUUUGUUCAUAGCUAAAAAUUGGGUUUCCAAAACUAUAUUUGAUUUGUUUGUAAUUGAGACAAUAAUUACACUGAAAAACAUUAGCAAUUGAAGUUUAAUAAUUCAUUUCCAGAAUAUUAGCUAUGCUACUCAAACUGACAAAUGAGAAUACAAUACUUUUUCUGAUAUGUAUGCAAUAUCUUUUUUCCCCAUUUUGUAAGCAAUAUCAAACCAUUGUUAAUAAAGGGAUUUGUUUUAAUAAAA